UCAGCACACUCGAUAACCCAGAAGAUUUUCUAUUUUUGGCUCGGGGUACUUCCGAAAGUUUAAGAAAAAUUUUGAAACAAAAUGACGCAAAAAGUUUUCCAUGGAAAAAUAAUAUUAAUUUGAAAACUUUUUCUAAACUUUCGGAAGUACCUCGGGCCAAAAACAGAAAAUCUUCUGGGUUAUCGAGUGUGCUGAAUACGAAAAACCACUUUUCAGCAACUCUAAACCAACUUUAUUUUUUUCCGGUGAUAUGUCUGGAUACUUUGAGGCAAUAAAAUAACAAUAAUUUAGUGGGUUGAUUUCAAGUCUUAUGCGGACUACUCCUUUAAAGAUUUUAUUUAAAUUUCAAAAUUUGGGUAAAAAACAAUGACGUGGAAGAAAUGGGUGUGAAGCUCCACUUCUAUUCAGCUAUCGUUGAAGUUGGUGACGACCUCGGAAGCUUGCCAGCUGCAACAAAUAUGUCGGACUAACUAACAAGUAUAACCUGUAAACACUGAGCAUCGGUAACUUACUGAUAGGAGGGGGUAUUCUUUCUUUUUUCUUCACAUAGUUCAGAGAAUAUAAUUACAUAUUGACGCCAUUCUCUUACAAAAUAUUGAUUUGAUAUAAUGGUUUUUAACGAUUUGAAAAGGAUGAGAAACUAAUCGAUUAGAUUUGAGUCUAUUUUAGCUUUUAAAAAGUCCACAUGAACUCAUUAUUUUUCACAAACUGUCUGUGUGGUCUAGUGUACUGUUAUGCGAACAAGAUGAAAGAUGAUUGCUUUCGUUGCAGUUGUAUUUCUCAAACAGAAUGGUUAAAUUAUUCUAUAAGUGAUAGAUAAAAAAUCUGGCAUUUAUCCAGCACCUCAAUAUCACCAAAAAACUAAUGGUACACUACAAAUAUAGAAUCAUAAACAAAACGAAUUCUUUCUAGAUAAAAUAUUUAUAUUAGAAAAUCGAGUCCUCCUUAAAAUAUUCAUUUUAAUAGGGUUUUACUACCUACGAAAGAAUGUUUUAAGAUCGCACUUAGCAAUGCUUCAUUGAUAUAAAUAAAUAAAUAAUCUCUUACCAACAAACGUGUUUUGAAUUGACAAUUAAAAAACAUUAUUAAUAAUUACAAGUAUUAGCAUAUUUGCAAUGAAGACUUGACGAAAGUUUUUUAUUUUAAAUUGAUAAAGUACAGAAUUAAGUAUAAUACUAAUAAUCUAACUUCUUGAUUUACACUCUUAUGGGUGUGAUUUAGAAAAAUAAACGACUAUACGUAGAAUUAUAUCAGUUUUUUUUCUGACGGCGUUUCGAUGUAAAAUAUACAGCACAAGGCGUGUUUGAAUAUCUUUUGUUUAUCAUUUACCAGCUGAUGCACAAUGGAUAGACUAGAUGAUUCUAGUUAAUUAAUUGUUGUCUCAGAUAUAGAACGAAAAAAUGUUUUAAUUAUAGAAACAUAUACAUGAAAUUUACUUUCAUUUUGCGACUCUGUUAAUCCUAAUUGAGGUUUUAAUUACUUUUGACAGAAUAGAUGAUGAUGAUGGACAAAAUCUCGAUUAGAAAUGACAUAACAAAUUCUCAUGUCAAUUAUAGAAAAGGAGUUCUUUUAAAAAGAGAAGUUGUUCUUGAUAUUUUGAUUUUUUUAAUAUAUAACAAGAUAUCGCUACAAGCAAUGAUGCAAAACUGAGAUAAUUUUAAGCUUUUUACUUGAAUUUAGGAAAGUCAAAAUAAUUGAUAAGGUAAACACAGCUGCUGCUAAAGAUACCUUCUUGUAAAUGCUAAUGUUCAUAUACAGAUGAUUUUAUGUUUAUUCAUCCAGAUAUCAGUUGAUUUUUAAAUGUUCUCUACAAUUAUAUAGAAUCAAUCAUUCUAACGCAAGCUUUUUUGUACCUCUUCUCAAGAUCUUCGGCUUUCUGAAUAAAGAAAUACUUCAAAAGAUCAAGAAUUACAUCUUAAUCCGUAAAUGUCCCAAACUUUUGUUUUUGUUUCUUCUUUUGGAAGCUAUUUGAGCUAGAAACGUUGUUAAGACAUUAUUUCCUAAAUCAGCUCUAUCUAAGAUUUGCUAAAUCUCCAGAAACCAAUAUUAUUUGCUCUUUUUUUAGGGUGGAAGUACCCUAGCAAAUAAAGCAUUGCGAUUUUUCCAAAAGAAUGAUGAAACGCCUGGUCCAGGAACAUAUGAAGUUUUGCGUACUAGUCAAUCGGCUAGAACAUCAGGACACGAUAUUGUAAAGCUUCCAAGACAAAAUACAUUCAAAUACACAAGAAAAUCAGUGGCUCCAUCCAUACCUGAUCCAAAAUUCGCCUACGGUUUUGAAGAAGAUGAUCACGGUGCAUUAGUACCACAGCAUCCACCUGUCAGAGAUGAAUCAAUGGGUCCGGCGUUUUAUAAUCCUCCAAAUGCUAUUGAAAAUGAUGCAUCAAAAAUGUAUCAUGGAAUACAUUUCAGUAAAUAUUCCAGUAAAAGAACGGAUUUUGUGGGGAAAACGGGCCCAGGACCUGGCGAGUACGAUCCAAACGAUCCUGUCAAGUUAGAAAUUCAUCAUAUCAAUAUGAAAACAUGGGAUAAAAGACCAGAACUACAAAUUCCACGGUACCCGGAUAAUCUAUUGAAAAUAGCGACAAAAGAGAGUAUACCAGGACCGGGUCGAUACGAAAUUAAACGUCAGUUGGAUCCUGAAGUUCCAAGAGGAGAUAUAAUUGGAUUAGAAUAUGAACGACCACCAUUUGGAUCACAAACAAAACGUUUUGAUAUGCCUAUAUCUGAUGUUCCCGGACCGGCUACAUACACUGACAAGGUAUUAACAGCAUUUAAUUCUACAUUAUCAAAACCCACUAGUCUAAAACGUAACCCAUUCAAUCAAACAUCAGUCCGAUUUGAUAAAGAUUAUAAAUCAAGGAGUGCCCCAGGACCUGGACAAUAUCGUAUUGCCGGAUUUGCCGAUGAAAACUUGCGAAAAGCGGUUGUUGAAGGCGGCAAAAAGCCUCCGUUUAACGUUGCAUCGAUGAGACGUUUUAAUUUAACUAAAAAUGAUGAAUUUUCUACGCCAGGACCCGCUCAUUAUGAAAUCAAAACAAAACCAUUUAAAUCGAAAAUAGAACAUCCGACAGCAAAUUUUGCAUCGUCAACAAAUCGUGAACCAAUAAUCGAGGAUAUCCCGGGACCUACAGCUUACGACACAGCCAAAGCCUAUACGGCAUUAGUGUCAUAUCAUCGUCAGCCACCGCGUUCAAAAAAUGCAAGAAAACGGCACACACAGUUUUUAGCUGCAUCAAAACGAACAUUUCCAGGCGGCGUACUUGAAGUACCAGGUCCUGGUGCCUAUGAUGGUCUAACAAAUGAGCAUGUCAAAGGAUUUGCUCCUUUGAAAGAUUCAAGAUUUAGAUAUAAUAUCCCAAAAUUACCGGGUCCCGCCGACUAUGAACUGUCGCCUCUAUUUCAAGAUACGAUACUACGUGGCACAUUUAAUGCUACCCUUAACAAUCCUAUUCUAGCUAAAUUACAGUCAAAAGCGAAUAAAGAAGAGGCUGCUAGCAAUAUUCAAACGCAGCCAAUGGGAGAUGUCGCUGUUGGAGUUUAA